AUGGAGCCCUACACGGUCCCCGGAGCUGAGAUCUCCCUGUCCGACCUCUACUCUGUCAUCCCCUUCAAUGUCACCUUCCAGGACGAGGGCUUUUUGGGCGACGAGCGGCUGCAGAACUACACGGAGCGGCAGAGCCCGGUGCGGAGCGCCGGGGGGAUGAUCAUAGCCAUAUCCAUCACGGCGCUCUACUCAGUCAUUUGCGUGGUGGGACUCCUGGGCAACAUCCUCGUCAUGUACGGGGUGGUCAGGUACACCAAGAUGAAGACGGCCACAAACAUCUACAUCUUCAACCUGGCUCUCGCCGAUGCCUUGGCCACCAGCACGCUGCCUUUCCAAAGUGCCAAAUACCUCAUGAACAAUUGGCCGUUUGGGGAAGUCCUGUGCAAGGUUAUAAUUGCCAUUGAUUAUUACAACAUGUUCACAAGUAUCUUCACCCUCACCAUGAUGAGCGUGGACCGCUACAUUGCUGUGUGCCACCCCGUCAGGGCGCUGGAGUUUCGUACGGCAGUCAAGGCCAAGCUGAUCAACGUGCUCAUCUGGGUGCUGUCAUCGGCGAUUGGGGUUCCCAUUAUGAUCAUGGCUGUGACCAAAGUGGCAGACAAUGGUAAAACCAUGUGCAUGCUGAAGUUCCCUGACCCGGAUUGGUAUUGGGACACAGUGACUAAGAUCUGCGUCUUCAUCUUUGCUUUUGUGGUACCUGUAAUGGUCAUCACCAUAUGCUAUGGCCUGAUGAUCCUUCGUCUGAAGAGCGUUCGCCUGCUUUCAGGCUCAAAAGAGAAAGACCGCAGCAUGCGCCGCAUCACCCGCAUGGUGCUGGUGAUUGUGGCUGCUUUUAUUAUCUGCUGGACCCCCAUACACAUCUUCAUCAUCGUGAAGACCAUGGUGGAGAUAGAAACGAGGAACCCCCUUGUGAUAGCCAGUUGGCACCUGUGCAUCGCUUUGGGCUACACCAACAGCAGCCUCAACCCUGUCCUCUAUGCAUUUUUGGAUGAAAAUUUCAAGCGAUGCUUCAGAGAUUUCUGUCUCCCCUGUCGCACCCAUGUGGAGCAGAACAGUGUGAAUAGAGGCCGCAACACCACCAGGGAGCCUGUGUCUGUCUGUGCUCCAACAGAAGCAGUGAAAAAGCCAGCAUGA